UAUGUGUUGAGUAUAUAACACGAUGAGUAACAAGUAAAAUCAGCAGUACCACAGUUAUCGCCAUUUUAAACAAUAAUUGUAUAUAGAACUAAUGAAUUAAGUGUAUUUAAAUAUAAAUAAAAUAUCAACAAUUUCAUUGGAAAUAUUCAAAGAUUAUUGUUUGGUGUAAAGAAAAUUUGUGUCAAAAAUGAUUCGUAUUGCAAAAUAUUGUACACCAUCAGGAAGUUUGAGUAAAAUUUUUAAUACGAAUAUAAGAUGUUACUCAGCUACUCAAGCUGCUGUAAAAACAGCACAAACAACAAAGACAGAAAAAGUAGAAAAGACUAAUGCUGGAAAAGAAAGUCAAUCUUUUACUACAAAUAUUUUUCGAGGACAAUUGCAAUUAAAUCAAGUAUUUCCAUUUCCUGAACCAUUAAAUACGGAACAAUUGGAAACAGUUAGAAUGUUCCUUGACCCAAUGGAACAUUUUUUUGAGGAGGUCAAUAAUCCUGCGAAAAAUGAUGAUGCACAGACAGUAGAUGAAAAAACAUUAUCGACAUUAUGGGAUCUUGGUGGUUUUGGUCUUCAAGUUCCAAUAGAAUAUGGUGGAUUAGGAUUAAACAAUACACAAUAUACCAGAUGCGUUGAAAUUUGUGGAUAUUAUGAUUUGGCACUUUCUAUUGUUUUGGGUGCACAUAUGAGUAUAGGAUUUAAGGGUAUAACAUUAUUUGGUACACCAGAACAAAAGAAAAAGUAUCUUCCUAGAGUUGUCAAUCGUGAAUAUGCUGCAUUCUGUUUAACAGAACCAUCUUGUGGAUCAGAUGCUGGUGCAAUUAAAUCUCGUGCAGUUAAAUCUGCUGAUGGUUCCCAUUAUAUUCUUAAUGGUAAUAAAAUUUGGAUUUCAAACGGUGGUAUAGCAGAUAUUUUCACGGUUUUUGCAAAGGUACCAGUUAAAGAUCCAGUAACAGGAGAAAGUAAGGAUAUACCUACAGCUUUUAUUGUUGAAAGAGGAUUUGGUGGUGUAACAAAUGGUCCACCAGAAAAGAAAAUGGGUAUUAAAUCUAGUAAUACAAGUGCUCUUUUCUUCGAAGAUGUAAAAAUACCUGUUGAAAAUCGUUUAGGUGAAGAAGGUCAAGGAUUUAAGAUUGCAAUGAAUAUUUUAAACAAUGGUAGAUUUGGUAUGGUAGCUGCUUUGGCAGGUAAUAUGCGUUACUGUAUAAAACGAGCUGUAGAACAUGCAACACAACGUGUACAAUUUGGACGUACAUUAGAUAAUUAUGGCUCCAUUCAGGAAAAACUUGCACGUAUGAGUAUGUUACAAUAUGUUGCUGAAUCUCUAGCAUAUAUGAUUUCUGGUAACAUGGAUAAGGGUAGCCAAGAUUAUCAUUUAGAAGCUGCUAUUGGAAAAUGUUUUGCAUCUGAAUCUGCUUGGUGGGUAUGUGAUGAAGCUAUACAAAUUCAUGGUGGCAUGGGAUAUAUGAAAGAUACAGGAUUAGAACGUAUAUUACGUGAUUUACGUAUAUUUAGAAUAUUUGAAGGUGCAAAUGAUAUUCUUCGUCUAUUUAUUGCCCUAACUGGUGUACAGUAUGCUGGAGGACAUUUGAAAGAAUUGCAAAAAGCUUUCAAAAACCCUACUGCCAAUUUGGGAUUGAUUUUUGAAGAAGCAGCUAAAAGGGCAACUAGAGCAAUUGGUUUAGGUUCAUCUCCGAAUUUUACACAUUUAGUGCAUCCUAGCUUAGCAGAAAGUGCUGCAUUGUGCACAAAAAAUCUUGAAUCUUUUGGAGCAUGCAUAGAAACAAGCCUCGUGAAGUAUGGAAAAGGAAUUGUGGAUGAACAAUUUGUUUUACAUAGAAUAGCUCAAGCAGCUAUUGAUACAUAUACAAUGGUUGUUGUAAUGAGUAGAGCAACUAUGGCUGCAAAUAAAAAUUCUCCAAGUGCACAACAUGAACUCCUUAUGGCUCAAACUUGGUGUGCAGAGGCAUCUAGCCGUGCUGCAUAUAAUUUAAAAGUGGCUACUUCUAAAAAACAUUUAGAUCUUUUUGAUAACUUCAGUAAGAUUUCAAAAAGUAUGUGUGAUGGCGGUGGUUGUGUACAAUUAAAUCCUUUAGGAUUUUAAUUAAAAGCAAAACAUUAUUAAAUAUUAAAGAUCAGUCUCUAUUGUUAACAAAUCAGAAUCAUUAUAUUCUCAUUGAUUCAUAAUAUAUAUGUAUAUAAUAUAAAUUUAUUCAACUAUUGUUAUACAAGACAAGUGUGCACACUAAAUCCAAGACUAAUCAAUGCAAUUUUGGGAACAUCUGUUUUAUAUUCAGAUAUUCUUAUAUUUUGUUAAUCUAUUUAUAUAGAUAUAUAUAUAUAUAUAUAU